AGAGUUACUCUUGCUUUUGGCAAUUAAAGAUGAUGUUGUCAUGGAAACAGUUGAUCCUGCUUUCAUUCAUUGGCUGCCUAGGAGGUGAGCUGCUCUUACAAGGCCCAGUGUUUAUCAAAGAACCCAGCAACAGCAUUUUUCCUGUUGGUUCAGAGGAUAAAAAAAUAACUUUAAAUUGUGAAGCACGAGGCAACCCUUCACCUCAUUACAGAUGGCAGCUGAAUGGAAGCGAUAUUAAUCUGAGUAUGGAGUAUCGUUAUAAGUUGAACGGAGGAAAUCUUGUGGUUAUUAACCCCAACAGAAAUUGGGAUACAGGAAGUUAUCAAUGUUUUGCAACAAAUUCAGUUGGAACAAUUGUCAGCAGAGAAGCUAAACUCCAGUUUGCCUAUCUGGAAAAUUUUAAAACCAAAAUGAGAAGUACAGUGUCAGUGCGUGAAGGACAGGGAGUCGUCCUGCUCUGUGGCCUCCCGCCACACUCUGGAGAACUAUCAUAUGCUUGGAUCUUCAAUGAAUAUCCAUCAUUUGUCGAAGAAGAUAGUCGGAGAUUUGUCUCUCAAGAGACAGGCCACCUCUACAUAGCCAAGGUGGAACCAUUGGAUGUGGGAAAUUACACGUGUGUGGUGACUAGUAUGGUGACAAACGCCAGAGUGCUGGGUUCUCCAACUCCUUUGGUGCUACGUUCUGACGGAGUGAUGGGUGAAUAUGAACCGAAAAUAGAAGUUCAGUUUCCAGAAACUCUUCCAGCAGCUAAAGGUUCAACUGUGAAGUUGGAAUGUUUUGCCCUUGGAAAUCCUGUACCUCAGAUUAAUUGGAGAAGAAGUGAUGGACUGCCUUUUUCCACUAAAAUUAAAUUGAGGAAGUCCAAUGGUGUGCUUGAAAUCCCCAACUUCCAACAGGAAGAUGCAGGUUCCUAUGAAUGCAUUGCUGAGAAUUCACGAGGAAAAAAUGUCGCCAGGGGGCGUCUCACUUACUAUGCAAAGCCUCAUUGGGUUCAACUCAUAAAAGAUGUGGAAAUAGCUGUGGAGGACAGUCUUUACUGGGAAUGUCGGGCGAGUGGUAAGCCCAAACCCUCCUACCGAUGGUUGAAAAAUGGAGAAGCCCUUGUGCUCGAGGAGAGAACACAGAUAGAAAAUGGUGCCCUUACAAUAUCCAACCUAAAUGUGACCGAUUCUGGCAUGUUCCAGUGCAUAGCAGAGAACAAACAUGGUCUCGUCUAUUCCAGUGCUGAGCUCAAGGUUGUGGCUUCUGCUCCAGAUUUUUCAAAGACUCCAAUGAAAAAGUUGAUUCACGUGCAGGUGGGCAGCGAGGUCAGCUUGGACUGUAAACCCAGAGCUUCCCCCAGGGCGCUCUCUUCCUGGAAAAAAGGAGAUGUGCCCGUACAGGAGACUGAAAGAAUUUCUUUUUUGAAAGAUGGAGGACUCAAAAUUGCCAAUGUGACUAAAGCUGAUGCUGGAAUUUAUACCUGCAUAGCAGAAAACCAGUUUGGGAAAGCAAAUGGCACAACACACUUGGUUGUUACAGAACCAACAAGAAUAACUUUGGCACCAUCCAACAUGGAUGUCUCAGUGGGCGAAAGUGUCAUUUUGCCCUGCCAGGUGCAACACGACCCCCUAUUAGACAUCAUGUUUACCUGGUAUUUCAAUGGGGCCCUCACAGAUUUUAAGAAAGAUGGAUCUCACUUUGAGAAAGUCGGUGGGAGUUCAUCAGGCGAUUUAAUGAUAAGAAACAUUCAGUUGAAACACAGCGGGAAAUAUGUUUGUGUGGUGCAGACAGGGGUGGACAGUGUUUCAUCUGCCGCUGACCUCAUAGUGAGAGGUUCACCUGGACCACCAGAAGACGUAAAGGUAGAUGAAAUUACAGAUACAACAGCCCAACUCUCUUGGAAAGAAGGUACAGACAACCACAGCCCAGUUAUAUCCUAUUCUGUCCAGGCACGGACCCCUUUCUCCGUGGGUUGGCAGACGGCCACAACAGUGCCUGAGGUCAUUGAUGGGAAAACACACACAGCUACGGUAGUCGAGUUAAAUCCAUGGGUGGAAUACGAAUUUCGUGUUGUAGCCAGUAACAAAAUCGGAGGUGGAGAACCCAGUUUACCCUCAGAAAAAGUAAGAACUGAGGAGGCAGUGCCGGAAGUGCCUCCUUCGGACGCCAGUGGAGGAGGUGGGAGCCGGUCUGAACUGGUGAUCACCUGGGAUCCAGUCCCUGAAGAACUACAGAAUGGGGAAGGUUUUGGAUAUGUUGUUGCUUUCCGCCCUGUUGGAGUAACCAACUGGAUCCAGACGGUGGUCACAUCUCCUGAUACCCCGAGAUAUGUCUUUAGAAAUGAAAGCAUCCUGCCAUUUUCACUGUAUGAAGUUAAAGUGGGUGUUUAUAAUAACAAAGGCGAAGGACCGUUUAGCCCAGUGACAACAGUGUUCUCUGCAGAAGAAGAGCCUACAGCAGCGCCAUCUCAAGUUUGUGCAAAUAGCUUGUCUUCCUCAGAAAUUGAAGUUUCUUGGAACUCUGUUCCUUGGAAGUUGAGCAAUGGACACUUACUUGGCUAUGAGGUGCGGUAUUGGAAUAAUGGAGAAGAGGAAUCAUCAGGCAAACUGAAAGUGGCAGGAAAUGUGACAUCGGCCAGACUCCGUGGCUUGAAGAGCAACUUGGAAUAUUACACGGCUGUCCGGGCUUUCAACAGCGCUGGUACCGGUCCCUUUAGUGCCACGGUUAAUGCAACCACCAAGAAAACUCCUCCCAGUCAGCCACCAGGAAAUGUUGUUUGGAAUGCUACAGACACGAAAGUGUUACUUAAUUGGGAGCAAGUGAAAGCCAUGGAGAAUGAAUCAGAAGUAACAGGAUAUAAAGUUUUCUAUAGGACUAGCAGUCAAAAUAAUGUGCAAGUGCUAAACACAAACAAAACUUCAGCUGAACUUUUGCUGCCCAUUAAAGAGGACUACAUUAUUGAAGUUAAGGCCACAACGGAUGGCGGGGAUGGGACCAGUAGCGAACAGAUCAGGAUUCCAAGAACAACCAAUAUGGAUGCAAGAGGUUGUACAUCAGCCAUCUCCAAUGCCCACCCUGUGUCAAGUUAUAUCUCUACAGUACUGUUCUUUAUUGUAAACACCCUGUGGUGA